AUGGAUACCUCGUCGCCAGAAGCAUCGAGUGACUGCCGCAAGAAAGAAAAUGUGCACAAGAAGCCCGCUCACACUGUGAAGGAUGGCCUUGAUCCACCGAAGGUUAAAUUCUUACUCCCUGAUUCCGAUAGUGCCUCUACCGAUUCGUUCCAUGGGUUCUCAGAUUAUGAGAUGCCGACAGUGUCAGUCACUGAUGGAGACGACCAAUUUUAUUUCUUGGAGGAGAGUGGUUCCGCGCGUCCAGUACCCAUCCCGAGCAUUGUCUUUCGCGACAGAAGCCAAGACGAUAUCAAGAAAGCCAGCCUUGAAUACCUAAACGACAACAUCAAGGAAUGGACUAUCGGGUUCGACCUCGCCGCAUUUCCCCAGACCAUCAAGCAUUGGAUUCCUACUCUAAGAGCAGCAGCUCUUCCGGGAUCGUACGAACACCUUCUGCUACUCAUGUUUGACGAUGUAAAGGACUUCAACCAAUUCCAGACCACCCUACGAGAAGCUGGGGUUCCAGGUGCCAUCAAUCCCCGUCAGAGCGGGACUCUGACUGUCAAUGCAGAGCCCAGUCGCCGUAAUGUGGUUGGCAAAGGGCGAAGUCAAGGCCAGGCCAGGGACCUUCUGGUACCUCGAGGCCAAAUUGUCCAGAAUGACCAAACUGCCGACGAAAUGUACUUUUGGAGAGAACUGCACAUUAUCAGACUGCUUGUGGCUCCCAUCCGAGAUGAGAAUGAAGAGAUAAUCUGGAUCACCAGCCGCGAGCAGCAGCCAGAUGAUAUGAUUCAACAAUUCCAAGCAUCGAGAGACUGCAUCAUUGACUUCAAGGCGCGUCUUUUGAAGGCACUGGAUCAAGGUCCUGAGAACAGUAGGAAUUUCGAGCCCUGGUAUAUUCCCUUUAAAGUGCUAACUUCAUUAUCAGAGGUCAUCAACCUCCCCCCCUCCAAAGGUCUCGAGUCACCCUCAUACAAGGAGCUGCGUCUCCGCACAUCCAGCCUCCACCAGUUCCGCAUGGACUCUUGCAAGGGAAGUCUUGAAUGGGUGCGAUUCCCACCGAGCGAAAUUGAAUCGCGACGACGUUGUAACCAGCUCGACGAGUGUCAAGGCUACCCAAGGAGUCUACCAAGACACGGAUCAAGAACAUGA